AUGCUCAAUUUAAACGACCUUGGUUCUAUCAGGUGUGUGAAGGAAUCAGGAACUUCCAGCGUCUUUCAAGUAUCUUUACAAGCACGACUAUGUCUCAUGAAGGUGUAUCAUGCCAUUGAUAAGCAACCAUGGCAUCCCAGUUAUAGGGAAAUUGACCCUUAUAUCUGCGAGAGCGCUGCAUAUGGUCGUCUGAAGGAGCAAGGAUUAUGCCAGCAAGGGAUUGUUCCAGACUUUUAUGGGGUAAUCGAUCAAACAAAUCCAAUGCAAUGGCAACCUCACUUGAACAAAUUUCUGAAGGAUAAACAUCGCCCAAACUCUAUCCUACUGGAGUUGAUCCCAAAUCUGAAGCAAAUAGGCCUUGAAUCAUAUACGGAAAACCUUGCUGCAGCACUUCUGAGCAUCAUUCAGCAAAUCCAUGAGGCUGGAAUUUGCCACUGUGAUCCAUACCCUCGCCAUAUGGUGGUUCAGCCAGAAACAGACAGAGUCCUCUGGAUAGAUUUUGAUCGCGCCCAAAUUUUCAACGACCAGUCUAUCACCGAUAGAUAUCAUAGCUGGAAGGAAGAUGAUCCAUUGAUGACCGCUGAGCUUUUAGACUUUCUUGCAAAGGAUAUGAAGCUCGGGAAGCUUGUGCAUGCUUGGGGUUACUAUUAUCAUUACUCAUGA